AUGCUCCCAUCUCAAGCAUCAUGCCUGCCUGUGACCGCCUUACUUCCAUUGGAAUGUGGCCAAAGGAACUUCGUCCUUGUUGGCCAAGGGCCCUGGUUGUGUGCUUACGACGACGCAGGCGUCCAAACUGUGUGCGCGCAAAUUUUUGAUGUCCAGCCCAUUCAAGGGUUUGAAAUCAUCCCGGAGAAAGCUGCUCAAAAUGUGCCUCCUCAAGUUGCGAUCGCUGUCUGGGGUGGUCGUUGGGUGCGCUAUGGUUACCUGAAGCCUUUUGAACCGGAUUCUGUCUCGAGCAGGCUCACCUUCAUCCCGAAACCUUUGUUCGAUGCUCAAGAUUGGAUCUUGAAAAUCGUAGCCUUCCACGAUGACGCACCAGAACAUGGACAGUCACCAAUGACCAAUAGUUUCAUGCUAACUGCUCAUAACACAUUACUAGAGGUCAACCCCUGGGCUGACGGCGAGUUUGGUCCUGGAAGCUGUAAUGUUGUGUCCAAAGUUCAUGGCCCACAGUCAUUUUUAUAUGCAGCAGAUAUCAAGGUUAUUGAAGUGAAUCACAUCAUCAUCGCUUCUGGAACUGUCUUCGGGGAAGUGAUCACAUGGACAUGUCAAAGAUCGACCACCUCUGGGAGUUGGCUGGCAGUUCCUAGACAUCGAUACAAUGGCCACCGAGGUUCCAUCUUCGGUGUUGCAAUCUCAAAUCCGCUAAGCCUCAAUGGCACUAUCACAAGAUUGAUGGCCAGUUGUAGCGAUGAUCGCACGAUCCGAGUUUGGGAUAUCAGCGACUGCGAUCAUUCUGCUGCGCUUACUCACCCGGAACACCUACCUGUGACGACAGGUUUUGGACACUCCGAGACGUCUGAUAACCUUCAGCUUGCAGCUUCCUGGGGACAUGCAUCUCGCAUAUGGAACAUCACUUUCGAUGUCAGGCAGACCACUUCCGGCCAGGAUGAUGUCCUCCUACUUUCCCGAGGCGAGGAUGCCACCUGUCAAUUAUGGUCUCUGAUACGAGUAACCAAUUCCAAUCAAGGGCCAUCGUUCGUCUUGCAACCUGUCCUGCAGGAUCGACAUCACAAUGGGAAAAAUAUCUGGUCAUUCGCUCAACGACGAGUCGGGUCCUCAACGAAGGUAUACACGGGUGGUGCAGAUGGCCAGGUAAUUCUCAGAAAUAUAGGGGACGGAAAAACUGUCUUUCUACACACCUCCCGUCCAUUCAAGGACAUCACUGGAUCUAAAAAAGCUUUGAAGCAUUACAACAUUGUCACGCAUGAAGAGUGCAUUGCGACGACAGAUUCUGGGGAGCUAUUCAUGCUUACUAACAAUGGUGUCGAGAAUUCUCUCAACUGGACGAGAAUCCUUGAUCCAGACUCCAGUAUGAGUUUGGUGAUACGAUAUUUACGAAGGAAUAGCCUCGCCCUUCUGGGAAUGCAGAACGGGUCAUUGGCUUUCCUCCACCUUGCCAAUUACCAGCUACUUCCAAUUUCGUCCUCAUUACCGGGAGCGAUUUCAUCCAUUGAUAUUGCAUAUGAAUCCCGGUCAGGGGAUAGUUCAAUGACAUCUGUGAUCGCAUGCCUUGCCAACAAAGAAGUCUUCGUCCUCUGGAUAGAAACGACACCUCCACCUCUCCGUGUGAAGGUGGUCAGCCUCAACCUCCCAGAUACAUUUACUGUUACGGCAUCUUGUUAUGACCCCGGAGCAGAGGUCCUCCUUCUGGGCUCGCGUGCUGGUGCACUGGCUGUAUAUUCGAGAUUCAGAUCGGAUGAGUGCUCAGCCACUAUCCCGACAUGCUUUCGUCACAUUCAUGGUGAAGAUAGUGUCACUUCUAUCAAAAUAUUGACGACCAAAUAUCAACCUGAUCGCUCCUUCCAACGACGCAUAUACGUUCUGACAACAGGGAGAGAUGGAUAUUACGCUGUACAUUGUGUCGAAUGGGAUUCAAACACAGGUAUUUCUCAAUCUCAUCUCUCGACUCUUCAUCGCUCUGCGCCUCCAUUCGGCCCCAACGUUGAAGGGUCAUAUUUCACCAACAGCUGUGCCGGCUCAGAGGCCCAAACGUCCGAUCUCAUUUUGUAUGGAUUUCGCUCUACUUCGUAUGUCGUCUGGAACGAAACGCAGCAGUCAACGUUACUUUCAGUGGAGUGUGGUGGGUCCCACCGAAGUUGGUCAUAUAGCGACACGCACGAUCAAAUGGGCGACGAAGUUCUUCAGAGCAUAGGUCACACUUCAAACGUGACAGAUCCAGUACGUACUUUUGUGUGGACAAAGGCGGGUAAUUUCAACUGGUACAGUGUUCGAGGGUCGCCCCAUCGAUCAAUCGUCAAGGGUGGGCACGGCCGUGAAAUUAAGGCGCUGGCAAGUUGCCGUGGCUUCUCCAGGCCUGAACUCCAGGCUCUGCCAAUUGUCGCGACUGGUUCAGAAGAUACCAACAUCCAGAUGUUUGCCUUGUCUACCGACCAGCCCGAGGCUCACGGUAAUACGAUAUUCCAGCCUCUCGCGAUCUUGAAAGGCCACACUACUGGCCUACAGCAUCUCGCUUUUUCUUCGUCUGGGACAUAUCUAUUCAGCAGCGCGGGUUGUGAAGAAUUCUUCGUCUGGAAGUUGACGUUUAACGUUCCUUUCAUCGGUGUCGGUGUGGUGCUACAAGACCAGAUGCAAAAAGAAGCCGAAGACUCAGACGCACGAAUUAUGAGUUUUGAUCAAAAAGACAUUUCAGACCUCUCAUCAGUCGAGGGAUAUCAGGAGCCCACCUUCUUGAUGACACUCGCGUAUUCCAAUGGUAAGGUCAAAAUCAUCAAGUACACUCCUGGUGGCGAUAGAGGACAAGGCAAGUUUGAGACAUUGACAGAAAUUGUUUACGGCUCUUUCUGUCUGAUGCAAGCGUUACUUUUGUCAUCUGAUACGACACCGGACGGUCGGUUGCUCGAUAUGCAUAUUUUGUCCGCCGGCACCAAUGGAGUUCUGAACAUAAGCUUCUUCCAUUUGGAUGAUGUGCAAACUAUCACCCCUCGGAUUGAGCCCCACCGCGUGCACCAAAGCAGCAUCUUGUCUAUGGAUACCGUGGCCCUCAAUCAGAAUACAUGGCUUGCCGCCACGGGAGGCGAUGAUAAUGCAUUAGGACUUACAGUCAUAUCACGAGCAACCUCCAUGACGGGUUCUAGUGCGACUCGAGCCCGAUCGGUUUGCAUUGCCAAAGCACAUGCCGCUGCACUGACAGCACUCCAAAUUGCAGAAGUCAAAAGUACCUCCACAGGGUUCAAUUUGAAAAUCAUCAGUGUUGGAAACGAUCAGCGGCUGAACGUAUGGGAGGUGGAAGUAUCGAGCCAGUUCUUAGCUGAUGUCGAGGAUAAGCUCAUGAUAGGCCUCAAGGUAAAAAGGGUCCAUGCUGAAUGGACAGCGGUGGCGGACGUGAGUGCUAUUGAGCUUGUGAAAGUGGACGGCGAGGGAGACAAGCCAGGCGAUGAGGAACAGAGCCCUGCAGCGAGCAGACGAAGGGUAAUGGUUGUUGGCGUGGGUAUGGAAUUGCGAGACGUUAGCCCAUACCUUGUUCAGACCUGA